UCGGAGCUCGCCGAGUCCCGCGGCCUGACAAACACCUAUAGCACACAGAAUGGUACAGCAACCCAUCGGUCGAAGCAGCCGUUUAGAAAUAGGAGAGCAUAUUUUCCGCUUUGUAUUUUAAAAAAAGCAACAUUGAGGAAAAACAGUGAAUGUGGGAAGCUGCGGAGACCCCCGGAUCGCGAAAUGUUGGAAUGGAAGGCGCAGACUUUGACUCGCCGUCCUAAACAGGAGUAUGAAGUUCUUUGCGGGUUUGCGAUCACCGAGAGUGAAACUUUGUUGCCCUGGAAUAUCAAAAAACGCGUGCGGAGGAAUAUAAGAUCGUGGAUAGCAAAGCGUUCUGCCCAGUCCCUGCAACAUGGCCUCGGCUGUUAAUGACUCCUCCGAGCAGGAAAACAGGGACCCCGAUCGGCAGAGGAUAACUCGGAGGAACAGGGGGAACUAUCGCUCAACGGCAACGGAUCUGGAGUAUUUGCAACGGCCGAGUUAUUGUGAUGCAGCUUUUGCAUUGGAACAAAUAUCAGAGGGGAAGGCGACUGGAAGAAAAGCGCCGCUGUGGCUGAGAGCGAAGUUUCAAAGACUCUUGUUUAAACUGGGGUGUUAUAUACAAAAGAACUGCGGAAAGUUUCUAGUUGUCGGCCUCUUAAUAUUUGGAGCUUUCGCUGUUGGCUUAAGGGCAGCUAAUCUAGAGACCGACGUGGAGAAACUUUGGGUGGAAGUGGGCGGCAGGGUGAAUCAGGAGCUGAAAUACACCAGGCAGCAGAUGGGGGAGGAGUCCAUGUUCAGCCCCCAGCUCAUGAUCCAGACACCCAGGGAGGACGGAGCCAACGUCCUGACGGUGGAGGCGCUGCGGCAGCACUUGGACUCCGCCCUCAAGGCCAGCAGAGUGCAUGUUUACAUGUAUAAUAGACAAUGGAAAUUGGAACAUUUGUGCUACAAAUCAGGAGAACUUAUUACUGAAACAGGCUUCAUGGAUCAGAUUAUUGAGAAGCUGUAUCCCUGUCUGAUAAUCACACCGUUGGACUGCUUCUGGGAAGGCGCAAAGCUCCAGUCCGGAAUGGUCUACCUCCCAGGCAAGCCCCCCGUGCAGUGGACCAACUUUGACCCCAUGGAGUUUCUGGCGGAGCUUCGGAAGCUGAACUACGUGGUGGACACCUGGGAGGAGAUGCUGGUGAAGGCGGACGUCGGUCGUGGGUACAUGGACCGGCCCUGCCUGAACCCGGCGGACCCCGACUGCCCGCUGACCGCGCCCAACAAGAACGCAACACGGCCUUACGACAUCGCUCGCGCGCUCACCGGGGGCUGCCACGGUCUGUCCAGGAAGUACAUGCACUGGCAGGAGGAGCUGAUCGUGGGUGGCACCACCAAGAAUGGCAGCGGGAGGCUUCUCAGUGCUCAGGCUUUGCAGACCAUGUUCCAGUUGAUGACUCCCAAGCAGAUGUACGAGCACUUGAAGGGGUACGAGGAAGUGUCCCAUAUCAACUGGAACGAGGAAAAAGCAGCCGCCAUUCUGGAGGCCUGGCAGAGAAGAUACUCGGAGGCUGUCCAGCAGAGUGUGUCUGUCAACUCCUCACAGAAGGUGCUCUCUUUCACGACUACUACCUUGGAGGACAUCCUCAAGUCCUUCUCCGAUGUCAGUGUCAUUCGGGUGGCCAGUGGCUAUCUGCUCAUGCUUGCCUAUGCCUGCCUGACCAUGCUGCGCUGGGACUGCGCCAAAUCCCAGGGUGCCGUGGGGCUGGCGGGCGUCCUGCUGGUGGCGCUGUCGGUGGCAGCCGGCCUGGGCCUCUGCUCUCUGAUCGGAAUCUCCUUCAACGCUGCCACGACUCAGGUUUUGCCCUUCCUCGCUCUGGGUGUCGGCGUCGACGACGUCUUCCUCCUGGCUCACGCCUUCAGCGAGACGGGCCAGAACAAGCGGAUUCCAUUUGAGGACCGCACAGGAGAGUGCUUGAAGAGAACAGGGACCAGCGUGGCUCUGACGUCCAUCAGCAACGUGACGGCGUUCUUCAUGGCCGCCCUCAUCCCCAUCCCGGCGCUGAGGGCCUUCUCCCUGCAGGCCGCGGUGGUGGUGGUGUUCAACUUCGCCAUGGUUCUGCUCAUUUUCCCCGCCAUCCUCAGCAUGGACCUGUACCGCAGAGAGGACCGCCGCUUCGACAUCUUCUGCUGCUUCGUCAGCCCGUGUGCCAACAGGGUGAUUCAGAUGGAGCCCCAGGCCUACCUGGAGGGCCUGGACAGCAGCCGCUACAGCCCGCCCCCCUCCUACAGCAGCCCGCCCCCCUCCUACAGCAGCCACAGCUUCGCCCAGCAGACGCACAUCACCAUGCAGUCCACCGUGCAGCUGCGCACGGAGUACGACCCCCGCACGCAGGCCUACUACACCACUGCCGAGCCGCGCUCCGAGAUCUCCGUGCAGCCAGUCACCACAGCCGCGCCUCCACCCCCUCCCGCGCCCGCCCCUGCCGCCGCCUGCAACCUCAACAACAACAACGGCUUCGCCUCGUCGGGCCGGGGCGUCUCCGGGGGCAACCCCCGGCCCCCUGGGAGCGUGGCGGCAGGGGGUCCGGACGCCCUCAGCUGCCAGAGCCCCGAGAGCACCAGCUCCACGCGGGACCUCCUGUCCAACUUCUCCGACCCCGCCCUGCGCUGCAUGGAGCCGCCCUGCUCCCGCUGGACCUUCGCCUCCUUCGCCGAGAAGCACUACGCUCCCUUCCUGCUGAAGCCCACCACCAAGGUGGUGGUCAUCCUGCUGUUCUUGUGCCUGCUGGGGGUCAGCCUGUACGGGACGACCCGCGUGCGGGACGGGCUGGAGCUGACCGACAUCGUCCCGCGCGAGACCAGCGAGUACGAGUUCAUCGGCGCCCAGUUCAAAUACUUCUCCUUCUACAACAUGUACGUGGUGACGCAGCGGGCUGACUACGCCCGCUCUCAGGGCACGCUCUACGACCUGCACCGCCGCUUCGGCAACGUCAAGUACGUGCUGCGGGAGGACGACGGCCAGCUGCCCCGCAUGUGGCUGCACUUCUUCCGCGACUGGCUGCAAGGUCUGCAGCAGGCAUUUGAUCGUGACUGGGAGGCCGGGAGGAUCACUCAGGCCAGCUACAGGAAUGGCUCGGACGAUGGAAUCCUGGCCUACAAGCUGCUGGUGCAGACGGGACGCAGGGACAAGCCUGUCAAUUUCAACCAGCUGACGAAACAGAGGCUGGUGGACGCUGACGGGAUCAUUAACCCCGGGGCCUUCUACAUCUACCUGUCGGCCUGGGUCAGCAACGACCCCGUGGCCUACGCCGCGUCCCAGGCCAACAUCCGCCCGCACCCCCCGGAGUGGCUGCACGACCGCACCGACUCCAUGCCCGAGACCAGGCUCAGCAUCCCGGCUGCCGAGCCAAUCGAAUACGCACAGUUUCCCUUCUACCUCAACGGUCUCCGGGAGACGCCGCAGUUUGUGGAGGCCAUUGAGAGCGUGCGGGCCAUCUGCACUAACUACAGCCGGCAGGGACUGCCCAGCUACCCCAACGGCUACCCGUUCCUCUUCUGGGAGCAGUACGUGGGCCUGCGCCACUGGCUGCUGCUCUCCAUCAGCGUGGUGCUGGCCUGCACCUUUCUGGUGUGCGCCCUCUUCCUGCUCAACCCCUGGACCGCCGGCAUCAUCGUUCUGGUUCUGUCCCUGAUGACGGUGGAGCUCUUCGGCAUGAUGGGCCUGAUCGGGAUCAAGCUCAGUGCGGUGCCGGUGGUCAUCCUCAUUGCCUCUGUGGGCAUCGGGGUGGAGUUCACCGUCCACGUGGCCCUGGCCUUCCUGACUGCGAUCGGGGACCGGAACCGGAGGGCAGUUCUGGCCCUGGAGCACAUGUUUGCUCCGGUUCUGGACGGCGCCUUCUCUACCUUGCUGGGCGUCCUGAUGCUGGCCGGGUCCGAGUUUGACUUUAUCGUCAGGUAUUUCUUCGCUGUUCUGGCCAUCCUCACCAUCCUGGGUGUUCUGAACGGGUUGGUCCUGCUUCCGGUUCUGCUCUCCUACUUCGGCCCGUAUCCUGAGGUGUCUCCCAUGGAUGGGCGGAGUCGGCUGCCCACCCCGUCGCCGGAGCCCCCGCCUCAUGUGGUCCGCUUCGCCGUGCGCCCCAGCCGCACCGCCGCGGGGACGGGCUCCGACUCCUCCGACUCCGAGUACAGCUCCAACACCACUGCCUCAGGCAUCAGCGAGGAGCUGCAGCAGUAUGACCUCAGGGCCAGCAGGGGGCGACCUGCCCAACCUGCACAGCAGACAGAAAACACCACCUACCCCGUCUCCACGGCCAUCCAAUUGGAUCCCAGGCAGCAGCAGCUCCGGCCCCGCCCCCAUCAGGAGGUGGGACCUCAGUCGACAUGGCGACACAGCAGCAGGGACCCCAAGAGAGAGCCUGGGAGAGCCGGCCAGCAGCAGCAGCAGCAGCAGCACCAGCAGCAGCCUCCCCCACACCGGCCGCGCAUGGACGCUUUCGAAACUGCUACUGACGCCGGCGGCCAUUCUGGCUCCGGCCACAGAGACCGCUCGGGGCACCGGCCCCGCGCCCACAACCCGCGCGCCCACGCCACGUUCAGCCCCGCUUACUGUCAGCCCAUCACGACGGUGACGGCCUCCGCCUCUGUGACAGUGGCGGUCCACUCCUCCCUGCCAGCCCAGAACCCCGCCUACCCCCCCUUCCCCUCACCCGACGGGUACUGCCCCACCGACACCACGGACCCUGACCCUCCCUUCCAGGACCCCCACGUGCCCUUCGAGGGGCGCUGCAGUAACAGGGACUCCCAGCAGGAGGCGAUGGAGCUGCAGGAUGUGGACUGCGACGCUCGGAGUGGCUGUGAGAGGAGGUGGCCUGCCAGCUGAGCGUGUGAAUGCUGAAGCACAGAGGCCAAAGAUGGGGCACUCCUCCUGUUCUGACAGCAGGGGGCGAUGUGGAGAGGCACGGAUCAGUGGCACCGGGCAGGGCGCUCGACACUUACUGUAACCUAGUGCAUUAUUGUGUUAGAUAUUUCUAUAAGUAUUUAAAAGAUGUACACAUAUGUAAAUACAAAAGAAAAAGUAGCUAUAAUUUAGGAGCUGUACAACUCCUAUGUAACAGUCUGGGGACGUCAUAAUGUGUGCGUGUGUGUGCAUAUGUGUGUGUGUGUGAGAGAGAGACCUGUAAUUACUGUUCAUUCAUCUGUGUAUCUGUGCCAUGAGGAAGCUUCAUCUAGAAACACAUUUCAGCAUACAUACAUUGUUGCUGCUUAAAUAUUGUAUAUGUAUAAUUCUAUGCAAAUAUUGCUUUUAUAUUGUAGGACUUUGUGAGCCUGUGAGAGAGACUGAGAGGAGCGUGUGAGCUUGAGA